AUGUCUGAAGUUCCAAAAAAUAUCAGUGAUAAAGCUAGAAUGUCAGCCGAAAAAGGCGCCCAGGACGCCCGCUCGAGUUCUGUGGACAGUAUGCGAGGGCUACCGAGGAGUGAACGACCUCGGCCAAAGAAGAACAUCCGAGUCUUAUGCCUUCAGGAACCCGUUGGAAGAGAGCAGAAGGGAAAAUCAGGAGGGGGUGUCAAACUCUUCCACAACGAAAAAGACACCAAACGAAAUGGUGUGGACACGGCAGUGGCAGAAUCCCUCGAUGACUUUGUCUCCGCCGUCAACAGGACCAGCAGUCGAAUCAUGGCUGUGAGGAUAGACACGAAGGAGGGGUACUGGAGAAUAAUGUUAGUGUACGCAGCACAAGCCGGCUGCCCCGUCUACGAAAAGGAUGAGUUCUAUCUGAACCUUGACGAGGCCAUCCGAUCAGUUCGGGAGGGGGACUAUCUCACCAUAAGAGGUGAACUGAAUGGGCACGUCUGCGUACAUAAAGGUAGAGGAGUGGGAGUCAGAAACGAAGAAGAGAGGGUUUCUGCUCUGAAAACGGCCCACGACUUUGCAGUGUGCAGCACCUUCUUCGCGAAAAGGAAGUCUCAGAAGAUCGCGAAGGGCCGAUCCAGCAGAAUCCGUGCAAAGGGAAGGCUAGGAGAAACUCGAGGUGUUGUCCAAGGGGACAAGGUAGCAUGGUUCCGGAACGAUGAAGUCCAAGGAGUUGUGAAGCAUAAGAAAUCGGCCUACAAACACUGGCAAAAGACACGAACCUCAGAGGACCUAGCUGCCUACAGAACUUUUAAGAGGCUCGCCAAGGCUGCUGUGGCGAAGGCAAAGAACACGGAAAUGGACGCAUUGCAUGAGCAAAUUGACAUUCGAAAAGGGAAGAAGUUCGUCUUCCGCUUGGCGAAAACGCGUCACCGCGAUACUGGGGACACCGGAUCAGUGAAGUCCGUCAGGAACAGCGAGGGUGUAAUCCUGAAGAAGCCUGGUGAGGUCAGACGUAGGUCUACGGAGAAGAUAACUACCGUGUCGUACAUCACCUACUACACAUCAGGCCAGAUACAUAUGCAAAUAGGAGCUACAUGUAUUCCCAGAGCUGAUCACACAAUAGUUGGAGAUUGCUCAUUUUUCAGCAUUUAA